UGCGGCUCAACCACUUCAAACCCUGAGGAGAAGGGGCGGCCGCGGCGAUGGUUCCCUAGCGGAGACACAGCCGCCCUUCUCCUCCGCCUCGUCUCCAAGCAGCAUGAGAACCUUGCUGAACUCUUCCAAAUCCCUCGCCUCGCUGCUGCCCCGCUCCAUCCAUAUCCCCAAACACUUUUGCUCUUCGCCGGCCUCCGCUCUCCCUCCGUCCGACGAUCCCAAUACCGCCGAUGAACCGCCGGUUCCAAGCCCAGCCGGUACGACCGACACCGAUGGCUCCGCUCAUCCGCUGCAACGACUCGUUGAUGCAUUCUCCAUCACGUCUUCGAAGCGAGUCAUCGAUUUCCUUCUGCGCAAGCAGCGACAGCCAAAAGAAGCCCUCGAAUUCUUCAAUCGAUUUCAGGUGCAGGCCGCUGUUGGGAGCGGCUUCCCUGAUGUCGAUCCCUUCUGCAUCAUGCUUCACAUCCUUGUGCGCGCCGGGCAGCUGUUGAACACCCGGGAGUUGAUGGAAAGGUCGAUUCGUAGAGGUUUCAUUCCACGUUCCAGCGUCGUUGUGGAUCGUCUUGUGGAGACGGCGAAAAGGUGCGAUUCCGAUCCUAGUACCUUUGAUCAUGUCUUGGGGUGCUAUGCGCGUACCGGUCGGAUAGAAGAAGCACUGGAAGCGUUCCAGAGGAUGGUGGAGAACGGCAUCGUUCCUGGUAUCGAAUCUAGGAACCAUUUAUUGAUUGCCAUGCUUAGGUCGGGUUCCUUUGGCAAAGCUCGAGAGUUUUUUGAGGUGAUGCGGGCUAAAGGAAUGACUUUUGAUUGUUAUACACUUGAUAUUAUGAUGCAUGUGUGCAUAAAAGGAGGGGAUCCAAAGGCUGCCGAGGUCUAUUUUAGAGAAUUAGUUGACGGUGGACGGUUGAAGCCUGAUGCACUUGUUUAUAGGACAUUAAUUCAGUCAUUGUGUGGGCAGUCUGACGCCAAGAGAGCUUGUGAGUUCCUGAGUGAGAUGAAAGGUGUUGGUAUGGUUCCUUCUGCAUUCGUCUAUAAUUUGGUUAUUGGAGCUUGUGUUAAACAGGGAAACUUGGCAGAGGCAUCUAAGUUGAAAGAUGAGAUGCUUGGUAGUGGACUGUCCAUGAAUUUGGUUGUUGCGACCAGUUUGUUGAAAGGUUAUUGUGUUGUAGGAGACCUAGAUAGUGCUUUGGAUUUGCUUGCCAGUGUCCUCGAGCAAGGAAUAGAACCGAACAAUGUCACUUAUUGUGUUCUGAUCCAGGGUUGCUAUAGAAUUGGAAAUGCGGAGAAGGCAUAUGAACUUUACUGUCAAAUGAAGGAGAGGGGCAUGAUACCAAAUGUAUUUACAGUGAACUCUGUUAUAAAGUGUCUGUUGAAAGCUAAUAAGUGGAAAGAGGCAUUUGAUUUAUUUGAUGAGGCAGUUGGAUCUGGUGUACCGAAUGUCUUCACUUAUAAUAUUCUUAUGCAAUGGCUUGGUCGUGUUGGUAGAAUGAAGGAAGCUUGCAGGCUAUGGGCCAAAAUGGAGGAAAUGGGAGUGGAACCCAAUGUUGUUUCUUAUAACCAGUUGCUGUUUGGUCAUUGUGUUAGGGGAGAUUUGGAAUUGGCGGCUAAUUUGUAUACUCAAAUGUCACAAACAGGUAUAAAACCGAAUGUGGUCACCUAUACAAUUUUGAUAGAGGGUUACAUGUAUAAAAAUGAUUUUAACCAAGCUUAUGAUGUGCUUAAUACAAUGCAAAAUAUGGGUAUUGCAUGUAACGACUAUACAUACAACAUUGUUAUUAAUGGCCUAUGCAAAGCUGGUCGUAUGACUGAAGCGAAGGACAUGUUGCACAAUUUUAUGGAGCAAGGUUUUAUUCCCAAUGGCAUGACCUAUAACAGUAUGGUUGAUGGCUUCAUAAAGAAGGGCAUGAUGAAUCUUGCUGUUUCAGCAUAUCAUGAAAUGCUUAGUUAUGGCAUUUCUCCUAGUGUUAUUACUUACACCAGUUUCAUUGUUGGAUAUUGCAAAAGUAAUUGUACUGAUCUUGCUCUCAAGUUUCUGAAUGAGAUAAGAAGGAAGGGCCUUCAACUCGAUAUUCCUAUGUAUUCUGCGCUUAUUUCUGGUUUGUGCAAGGAAGGAAAAAUGGAAGCUGCGCUGGAUCUUUUUAACGAUAUAUAUAAAGUUGGGUUAAAACCUCAUUGUAUCAUAUUCAACAACCUUAUUACUGGCUAUAAAUUUCUGAACAGUAUGGAAGGUGCUUUUGAGUUGCAUAAAAGAAUGGUUACUGAAGGAAUUCCUUGUGAUAAAGUGAUCUACACUAACCUAAUUGAUGGAUCACUGAAAGUUGGCAAAACAGCCUUUGCUUUAGAACUCUAUUCUGAGAUGAUAGAGCAAUGCCAUAUUCCAGAUGAAAUCACCUUCACUGCAUUGAUACAUGGUCUCUGCCUCAAUGGUGACAUAGAAGGUGCACACAAAGUUUUGGAUGAAAUGGAUAAGAGUGACGUGCGUCCUUGUGUUAAGAUAUAUAACAAAUUGAUUAGUGGAUAUUUCAGAAAGGGCAAUUUGGAAGAGGCCUUUCAGUUGCAUGAUGAAAUGCUUGAUAGAGGCCUAGUACCCGAUGAUACAACAUAUGACAUUCUUGUCAGUCAGAAGCUUUAAAGAAACAUGUCUACUGCACUGACUUGGAAUCUAGGAACCCGGGAUUUUUUCUUUGCACCGACAAUCAUUCAUCUUCGCAUGAAGGUUCCGAGUGUUCUCUUGAUAGGGCCAAUGCCAACUAUGCCAUGCCUAUAAAAAGAGUGAUAUCAGGCGGCAAAAGAUUCAGAUGGCUGCCGAUGGCUUCUGGUGGAUGCAGGACACUGCAAAUUCAAAGAGUAUGAUAAUCAAAUUCUGCUGACCCUCCUUGCUUGCACGAAAAACAUAUACGGAGGCUACUCAAAACACCAGUAGGAAUAAAGAAUGCAGCAUCUGAAAUCAGGAUGGUAUAGCAGUUCUACUAUAACCUUUUGAUUCCAAUUUAUUUGCAAUGCCUCUCACUUAGCCAGUUGAGGCAUUAGAUGAUGAGCUCAGGAUGGUCUCUGUUGUUUGUGUGCAGGAAUUUUGAAGACUGUGUACUUGAUGAUGUAGUGUAUAUUUAAUGUGUAUAUUAUGGACAUAACUAUGGUGGGAAAAGAUAAUGUGCAACUCCAAAGGAACACUGAUUGGUUUGCAUUCUACGUCAUGUUCUUCUUUAAUAACUUAUGCAAUUUAUUUUUGUUUGUGUUAAA